CGUUACAAGAAACGAGAUGGCAAGGUGAAGGAUGUCUACCAACAGGUAACAUGACAUUAUUCUAUGGCGGUAUAACGUCUAAUAAGCAUGAAAAUGGGGUGGGUUUCCUCGUGCACAAUAGUCUAAUACNAAUACCAUGGAUUAAACAAUUUAAGGCUAUAAAUGACCGAAUAUGUUACAUUCGGAUCAAUAUGAACCACCGGGACAUGGUAAUGAUUUGCGCAUACGCACCAACCGAAUCAGGAAAUGAAGAAACAAAAGACGCCUUUUAUGAAGAAUUGGAACAAGUAUAUGACGCUUUACCAGAUCAUUGA